AGGGUUUCCAGUAUGUGCUCCUCAGAUGCUAGGAUGCACUGUUUACAGCCCUGCCAAAGAAUGCUGUUAUAAUGACAGGCAUCUGACACGAAGAUUGUCGCUGUGGGACAUUGCUCCAGCAGGGACGUCCUGAGCUUGUGCUCCCCCUCUCCUGGCAGAGGCAAUGGACACCCACGUGGACCUCCUGACAGAACUGCAGCUGCUGGAUAAGGUGCCCACAUUGGAGAGGCUGCGGGCAGCUCAGAAACGCAGGGCUCAGCAGCUGAAGAAGUGGGCCCAGUAUGAAAAAGAAAUGCAGCACAAGAAGCGGAAGCAUGAGAAGAAAAGGAGCACGGUCAACCGCAAGAAGGUAUCUUUUGAGGCCAGUGUCGCUCUGCUGGAGGCUUCACUGAGAAAUGAUGUGGAGGAAGUAUGUUACUUACUGAAGAAUGAUAUCAACCCAGACCUGUGCAAUGAAGAUGGAUUAACUGCACUGCAUCAGUGCUGCAUAGACAACUAUGAAGAUGUAGUUAAGAUUCUUCUCAAUCACGGGGCCAACGUCAACGCAAAGGACAAUGAGCUGUGGACACCAUUGCACGCGGCAUCUACGUGUGGUCACAUCAACUUGGUGAAGAUUCUAAUUCAGCAUGGGGCAGACUUCCUGGCAGUAAAUGCAGAUGGAAACAUGCCAUAUGAUCUUUGUGAAGAUGAGCCAACCCUCGAUGUCAUUGAGACCUGCAUGGCCUACCAGGGCAUCACACAAGAAAAAAUCAAUGAGAUGCGGGCUGCUCCAGAGCAGGUCAUGAUCUGUGACAUCCAUGAUAUGAUUGCAGACGGAGAUGACCUGAACAGGACAGAUGAUCAAGGUGCUACAUUGCUGCAUAUAGCAGCAGCCAAUGGUUACCUGCAUGCCGCUGAAGUCCUUCUUGACCAGGGAGCAAGGCUGGACGUCAAAGACUGGGAUGGCUGGGAACCCCUCCACGCUGCUGCUUUCUGGGGACAGAUGCAGAUGGCGGAAUUGCUAGUAUCCCAUGGAGCUAGUCUGAGUGCCAGGACAUCCUUGGAUGAGAUGCCAAUUGACCUGUGUGAAGAAGAGGAGUUUAAAGUCUUGCUGCUGGAGCUGAAACACAAGCAUGAUGUGAUCAUGAAAUCCCAGCUGAGGCACAAGUCCUCCUUGAGUAGGAGGACCUCCAGCACUGGAAGCCGUGGGAAGGUGGUGAGGAGAGCAAGUCUUUCAGACCGAACAAACCUUUACAGGAAGGAAUGUGAGAAAGAAGCCAUUGUCUGGCAGCAAAUGGGGGCAGCAGAAGAGCAGAGAAGUUCAGGCCACUAUGGAGAAAUUGGGGAGACUCGAUCUGACCAAGAGAACACGGAUCCAAAUUUGGCACUAGAGAAGUCCACCCUCCUUCCUGAGUUAGCAAACAAAAGCACACAAUGUGACUCUGAAAGCCCUCUUCAGAACGGACUCAGGGCAUCUGCCAGCACUUACCAGUACUUCUCCAAUGGGGACAUUUGGAAAAUGCACACAUCGCCAGACAGUAACACAAGCCAAGUACUGUCUUAUGGCAGUCCAGGCCUCCCUGACUCUCAGCAGAUCUGGGAUGCCUACAAGGAGCACAGCCAUCAAACGCUCUCUGAACUGAAGCGGCAGCGGGCUGCAGCUAACUUGCUCAACCACCCCUUCAUCAGCACCCACUUUGGCAGUAGUGCAGGAGGGAUAGUAGAGAAUGGGGGUGAGACCAAAUCACACCUGAUCGGAUCCAGGACUUCUCCUUACAGCUCCAGUGGGACUUCUGUUUAUUACACAGUGUCCAGUGGUGAUCCACCCCUCUUGAAAUUCAAAGCUCCCAUGGAGGAAAUGGAAGAGAAAGUCCAUGGAUGCUGUAGGAUUUCUUAAUCUCAUCCACUUCUCAAACCAGUGGAGACAAAAAGUGGGUAGGCUGGCUGAAUCUAUUACUUUCCACCCUGGCACGGGGAGAACUCAGUGUAGUUACAGAAGACCUGACUCUGCCAGCCUCUUCCAGCCUUUUGAACAGUACUUUGCCCUGCCAGUAACUUCCAUUACAGUCAAAGGGGGAAGGCAGGUGGAAUGAGGCCCACAGGGGAUAAAUGGAAUAGUUUACCAUGUGCAAGUAAAAAGAACUACCCUGCUCUUGCUUAUUGAGAGGGACAAUACUUUUGAUGGAAAAAAUUAUAUGAUUUUCAAAUCCUUAUUUUCAAGUCUCCUGCUGAGAGCCAGCAAGCUUCCUGAAUGUGGCAGAUUGGUCCCGACUUUUACCUCU